AUGGUGUCGGUGCCGCCAUCGACAAUGCAAAGAUGGCUGCUGCAAGCCAAUGUCUGCCUCUCACUGCUGAUUCUUUUGCCGGGAAGCCAACAAGAUAGGUUCUCUUGGGCCCCAGCAAUGACUUUUGGGAUGUUGCUCUCUUGGGGCCUGACAGGCGCUUCACUCAUCUUUUUCCACAACAGGAGUAUUUUAGAGUAA